AUGAAAGUGUUGAAAGAUAUCAUUCUGAAAGGUUGGCCUGCAGAAUUAAAUGUGUGCCCGCUGUCUAUUCAUGAUUAUUGGAUGUACCGCAGUGACCUUACAGUUGUCGAUGUACUGCUCACGAAACUGAUCUCCUUUGUGGAUCGAUCAGAAUCUGGAUAUUUCCAGGAGCUGAAGAAGGACUUCAUAGAUAUCUGCGUGAACAUGAUAUCUUACAUGAUUUUCAAGAGGAAUAAUGACCCUGCAUUACCCUUUAAAGAACGAUUUGGGACCCCCGCUGGAUGGUGUAUUCACCUUUACAAUGGGCUGCUUUGUAUAAGAAAGCAGAAACUUUUAAAGUUACUGCUGCAGUACGGGGUGUUGGAGGAGGAGAAGAACCCACUAGAUCUUCUGACGACGCUUCUCACCAAUCAAGCACCGGAUCGGGCCAGGCAGGAUGGGUCGGUUAUUCUUGUGACCAAUGAGGUGAAGAUCUGCCUCAGGCUAUGUGCCAGAGUGCUACCCUCUAUUCCUGUCACCCAGUUAGAGGCAAAGCUGCGUAACACAGCCCCCAUCAUUCCUAACUGGCAGGACUACAUUUCAUCUACAAGUCCUAACAAUCCACACCAGCUGGUACGUCUGUUUAAGUCACAGAUACGUAAGCAAUUGCUAUUGGCGGAACACCUGCCAGAUGCAAUACCAGGCCUGGAGAUCCCAAGAUGCCUGCAGGAGUAUUUAAAUCUCGAACAGUAA